UACAGUACGGCGGGGUACAGUGUGCGGGAAGCCACGGUCGCUGCGUGCGGGCAGCGGCUCCUCAGCUAUGGACCUAUUCGAGUUUGACUUCUUUAGGGACUGGGAGCUGGAGCAGCAGUGCCAUUACGAGCCGGACCGCAGCGCACUGAAGAAGAAGGAGUGGGAGAGGCGGACUCAGGAGGUGCAGCAGGAUGAAGAUUUGCUUUCCUCCGGCUUCAAUCUGUUCGGGGAGCCCUACAAGCAGACCAGCAAGGGCGACGCCCUGGCGAACCGCGUGCAGAACACGCUGGGGAACUACGACGAGAUGAAGGAGCUCCUGACCAGCCACUCCAACCAGAGCCAUCUGGUGGGCAUCCCCAAGAGCUGUGUGCCGCAGACGCCGGUGGAGAAGGCCGAGCAGCCCGGCUUCUUCCCUGAAGGAGCGAGGGGGCGGCCGGGGCCCGGCCAGGUCACAUCGGGAUCUAUGCCUCCCCCAGGCCCCUCCUCUGCCUCCUCUACAUCAUCAUCUUCUUCCACGCCCAAGAAAUCUCGCGCCACAGACUGGCACAGAGGGGGUGGGCAGGCGGCCCUGGGGGCAGGGUCCACUUGUGGGCGGGGCAAGCACGGGGCCGCCAUCCACGAGCCACCCCCGGCUCGCCAUGAGGACCCAUUCAUUCUCCAAGGCGACAGCCACAAGGGUGACUCUAGCCCGGCGGCCUCAUCCUCUCAUGGACGACGGCACGCGUCAGCAAAGGGGCCGCCGGUGGACACACCGUACAAAGAGCCCCCCCAUGGCCGGUCUCCCGGGGAUGUGGAGGUGGGCCCCCACGGCGUGGGCUCCCCCGUGGCUUCCACAUCCCUGCUGCCCGGUGGCCUGGCCACACCCACCUUCCCACAAGCCUUGCACAGUAAGCCCAGCGCGGUGCAGCAGAAGCCCACAGCCUACGUGCGGCCCAUGGACGGCCAGGAUCAGCUGCCCAUCGACUCGCCAGAGCUGAAGCCGCCCAUGGAGAUCGGGGAUGGCUAUGGCAAUGCCACCUUCGGGGGCCUGGCGGACAGCAAGGCGGGCGGUAACGGCACCAAGGGGAAGCUGCCGAAGCUGACGCUGCCACCGCCCGGGGAGGUCAGCUUGUCGGGCGACUCCAGCUGCGUGGAGGACAUUCUCCGGGAGAUGACCCAUUCCUGGCCCCCUCCUUUGACUGCAAUCCACACACCAGGCAAAGCGGACCAGAACAAAUUCCCCAUCCCAUCCAAGGAUCCUCAACAUCUCACCUCAGGAUACAAUGGACAGAAGCGGUGUGGCAUCACCGGUAACAAGCCCCCCACCAAGGCUGUGCCUCAGAAGUCGAUGCUGGAGGACGACUUGAAAAUCAGCAGCGACGAAGACGACGGCGACCAGGCUGCAGACAAGGCCAAGCCAGGCAGCGGACCUCUGAACCUCCCCGGGCCGGCCACUCGCUCCAGUGAAGCAGGCCACUCCAGCGGUGCUUCGGGCAGCUCCAGCGAAUCAGAAAGCAGCUCUGAGUCGGACUCAGACAGCGAGAGCAGCUCCAGCGACAGCGAGGGCAAUGGGGCGUCCCGGAAAGCCACACCCGAGCCGGAGCCGCCUUCUACCAACAAGUGGCAGCUUGACAAGUGGCUGAACAAGGUGAACCCUCACAGCAAGGCCCUCAUCCAUAGCCAGCCAGAGAGUCAUGGCCCAGGGGAUGGUCAGGCCGAGGAUAGCAAGGGGAAACCCCCGGGACCACUGGCACCGCUGGAGAACAAGGACCGGGCGCUCCUCAGCCCUGUGCGGGACAAGGCCAAACCCCGGACAGGCCAGAAGCCACCCGAGGGCAAGAGUGCCAGGGCCAAGUCCCCAGCCAGCGGGGAACCAGUGCCACUCCGGAGGAGCACAGGGAAAAAACAGCCCCGCAAGGCUGAGCGCACCCCCAGCGUGGAGGACCCACACGGAUGGCCCAAGCCCAGCAACCCCAGUGCUAUCGCCAAGGAGAAGGAGCCCCCACCACCAGAGCCCACCAAAGGAAGGGGAAAGGGCGCCCCCCGGAAGGAGCCACGGUCUACGGCCACGGCCGCCCCACCCACCACGCAGGACAAGAAGAAGCACCGGGGACCCAGCAAAAUCGUCCCCAAGUCCAAGGAGUUCAUCGAGACAGAGUCCUCCUCAUCUGAGUGCCACUCAGAUCCAGAGGAACUGGCCAAAGUGCCCCCUCCUUGCCCAGGACCCAGUGGCCCAGGGCCCCUGAAGUCCAAGGACUGCAGCGGCAACAUCCUGAGCGUGAGCAGCCUGGCGAGUACCAGUAGCGCCUCCAUCCCGGACCCGGGGGCUACUGACCUGUUGGAUGACCCCCUCUUCUCCCCCAUUCCCAUGGCACCCAACGAGCUAUUGUCUCCACUCCGAGACCUCGAUGAGGUCAAGUCCCUGUGGGUCAAGAUUGAGCUCAGCUUCCUAACCCGGGUGCCUGGUCGGGACCCCCCGGAGCCAGCCCUGACCAAGCCAGAGCCCAGGGACCCUGUCACCAGGCACCGCCGGCAAUCGCCUGUGUCCAUGCCAGUUGAGAAGCCCCCAAGCAAAUCCAAGAGAAAACACAAGUCGGAGAAUUGCGAACCUAUUAGUGGGACCAAGAAGUCACGUCUGGAGUCGAGUCUCCAGCCCCCCUGCAUAUCCCCCGUACACAGCCACAAGUUCACCAGCACUAAAGACUCGUCGAAGAAGCAGCCCAGGAAGAGGGAUGAGAAGCUCCUCCCUCCACUGCUGUCGCCCCUGUCUGAUGAGCCCAUCCGGCAAUUCCCACCUGGGGGGUGUGGCUCUUUCGGCCCCGAAGCCGUCCCUCCCCCGACCUCCGUGGCGGGCUCCUUUCCCUCUAGCUGCCCAUUACCCUUAUCUUCCUCUUCGUCUUCCUCUUCCUCCUCCUCAUCUUCUUCCUCACACAAGCACCGCAAAGGGGACAGCAAGGUUCCAGCCCAUUCCAAGGAAGAGGACACCCGCGGCAAGCCUUCCGGCAGUUUCCAUGGCAACGGGCAGCCCGACAUCGAGCUGUGGUCCAACCCGCCAUCGGUGUCGGCGGACCAUCCGGAGCCCAGGAGGCCCAAGCUGACAUUCAGCAACAUCCUCCACAACGCCGACUACUACAUGCAGGAGGCCAAGCGGUUAAAGCACAAAGCUGACGCCCUGCUGGAGAAGUUCGGCAAGGCGGUAAACUACGCAGAUGGCGCACUCUCGUUCAUCGAGUGCGGCAACGCAAUGGAGCGGGACCCCCUGGAAGCCAAGUCACCCUACACCAUGUACUCAGAGACGGUUGAGCUCAUCAGGUACGCCAUGAGGUUAAAGAACUUCACCAGCCAUUCUGCAACCGUUGCAGAGAAGAAAUUAGCCGUCUUGUGCUACCGGUGUUUAUCCCUGCUUUAUCUGAGGAUGUUUAAACUAAAGAAGGACCACGCCAUGAAGUACUCCCGCUCGCUGAUGGAGUACUUCAAGAACUCCACCAAGCCGUCACAAGCGCCCUCUCCCUUGGGAGCAAAUGGAAAGGGCACAGGCACGCCGUCACCCAUGUCCCUGAGCUCGUCGCCCGUGAGCUCGGUGAGCAGCGGCACUGGUCCUGGAGGCCCCUCGCCCAGCGGCUGCGUCGCUAUCCCCCAGCGCAUCCACCACAUGGCGGCGAGUCACGUCAACAUCACCAACAAUGUGCUGCGCAGCUACGAGCACUGGGACACGGCGGACCGGCUGGCACGCGAGAGCCAAGAGUUCUUUCUGGAGCUGGACUCGGUGAUGGAGCCGCUCACACAGCACAGUAGCAUGACAGACCUGGUGCGUUACAUCAGGCAGGGGCUCCACUGGCUGCGUCUCGAGGCUCACUUAUUAUAGGACUUGGGCCGCCGCUGCCGUCCCCCACGUCUCCCGUCUCCAUCACUACCUCUACCAGCACGUCCAUCUCCAGCCGCCCCACCCCCACGAGGACCGCCCCUCUCUGCCAGCCAAUCACAGUCCUCGGGAGGAGUCCGCACCCUUGUGUAUAACCAUGCAUUUUUUGGCUUUUUUUGUUGUUUACUUUUUGUUUUUUGUUUUUAUUUUGUUAUUGGCCGUCUGAGGAACUUUAAGAGUCCCACUGGAUUUGAAGGAAUUUCAAGACUUUCCCAAAAGUGAGAAGGCGUCUUCACUCUUAAUUUGUUUUUAACCCAAACAUUCUGUGGAAUGACAACUGUUAAGGACAGUGGAUUGUCCUGCACUGUGACAGAGAGAUAGAGUGGGACGGUGGGGGGUGGGAUGGGGAGUGGGGUUAGAGUGUGUGAAGGAUUGACUUGUUCAAGCCGGAAAGGUCCCUGCACACCACGUGGUUUCAUCGUAUUGUAUGCAGUACUGGACGUCUCAAUAGACUGCGAGUUUGUUUUCACUUAUCAUUAGCUAUGGGACGGGUGAAAAAUGGCUUAUUUGUACACUUUGGAAAAAAGUCACAGUGUUUUAAUUCACUGGUUGAUGGUUUAUCGAUUCCUGGAUGUUCCAGUAGGAUGCAAUGAAGGUCAGCAAGCCACGGCCAAGUAAGAGGAGCGAUCUAGAGAGGAGCUGCCAUUUCGGGCGUCUCAUUCCAAGCCAGAUCAUCACUCGGCCGUCUUCAAGAGGGGACACAGUCUGGCGGAAAGCAGCACAUCCAUCCGUGAGAUCAGCAGCCAGGUGGAGCAUCACUCGGGGGGGGGGGGGGGGGGGGAGGCACAGAACUCAACCGAGGUGUCCGAUGCGUGAUCGCUAUCAGCCUGAAAAGCAGAACGAGGUUUUGGUGAUGCAGCUGUAUCUGAAAGUAGUUUGCCUUCACCGCAGGCUUUCGGUACCAUUGGCCGGCGUCUUCACUAUGGUCUCCUGCAUCUUUCUUCUCAUGCUGGGGGGGGAGGGGGGUCCAGGUCUGGAGUACGUUACGUUUUCUGAUUGCGGCUUUUAACCUGAGCCCAAAUUCACUGUCUUCCUGACUCGGGGAAAGCAUGUCAGUACUGUGCAGUACAGACCUCCAUCUCCCACUGUGCUCAGACACGUCGGUCGCCAGCCAAUCACGCCGAACCUUCACAGGUGACAUGGUAUUUCAGUCCAUGGUCUAUAAAUGCGCUCCGGAUCGACCUCCGCGGCCCUAAAUGUUUCAUUUGACGUUGUUCAUGGUCGUAGGUGCAACGGGUGUGUUGUGGCCCCCUGCCUGUUACAGAGGACCCCACCCGCCCAGAUUAACAUCUGCGUCGACAGUGUAAAGGCACAGGCGUCAUGGGGACAUCAGUCCUCAUGCCCGUGUGGGGCAAGGGAGGUGUACUGUUACCCAUGGACCACCCUUUCACCCUUUACCAGCCACCUAGGGUGGCUUCUAAGGGGCACCAACUAAGCAAAGUGCCACCCCUACCCUCUCCAAGACACAGUGAAACUGGGCGGUGAAGUAUAUUGGGGGGGGGGGGCGGCUAGGGUGGCCUACGGGCUUUGACCGGGAUUGCGCUUUGCUGCUGGCGAAUUUAAAUGAGCCAUCGGAAGGACGGGACUGAAAUGGACUCUUCAGCCAGACGAUACAAAGUGCCUACUGACCGAGGUGACAAUAUGAAGCGCCUGUUUAAGAAUGAUGAUGUGAUUCCUCCAUACCAUAUUGGUAUAUUAGAUUUUUUCAUAAAGCCACAGUUAUUUAUUUGUAUACUUUUUACUGAUGAUGGUGAUACCAUUUUGGCUUUAAAAAAAUCGCUAACGUCUAACUUAUUUAUUUCACAGUAUUAAAGAGAAUAGUUGCUCUUGUGUCGACGGUAAGGAGAAUAAACCACAAAAUUGCAGAGAGGAACGCAGAUGACUGAACGAAUUAUUUAAUUAAAUUAACGACUCGCUCUCUCCUGACCAGUGAACCAAAUCAUUUUAACUAUUGUUUAAUUAAUCUGGUUGUUGUUGAUGCAGAAUAUUCUAGAAGAGUGCCAUAAAUUUCCAGUAUUUACCCUGUUUAUCGUGCAAUAGCUCUGUGAUUCCAGACUGAGGACAGAUAGCAAUAUUCAGUUUAAUAUUAGUAUCAUUAAACUACACGUAGGAGGGUCUAAGAAUAUCCACUUUGUUUCUUGGCAUUUACACAAAAAUACUCAAUGUACAAAGAAAUCUCAGUAGAAAAUGUAGAGUUCUCCAUUCCCUUUUUUUAUUAUUGUUUUUUGCAACUUUGUGUAUAAUGUCCAGUGCAUCCAUGUCAGCACAUGGAACAACGAAGCGUCUCCUCAUUAGUUUUAUGCAAAUGGUAGCCCCUCCUCAGCCAGCGCCAGCUGUCAGCCACAGCAAAGGGGGCCGCUCGCGAUUCUGAGUGGGCUAUUCACAGCUGCUUCGUGAAGGAGUCACUCUGGCAGGGAGACCAGCAUCCCGUGGCGGAGGGGAGGAGGGGAGUGUAGCCACACAGUUCUUCAUUCCAUAAUGCAAACACCAUGUUAGACUCCCUGUUUCAAGGCAUUUUGUGGUACGGGGAACAGACAUUUAACAUCUGGUACUAUUUUAGUUAUUAUUAUUUGUUGUUUUUAUAUGAAAGCAGGCCUGCUGAUUGGACGGCCUUUCGUGAUACCCCCCCCCCCCACCUCCGCAAACAAAUGCCGUUAAGCAGGCGUGAUGGGGGCCAUCUGGCCAUCACUGUCGUGAAACAGCUGCCCCCGCCUCACGCGUGACCUACCGAGCUCCGACGCACCACCGCAUAACUCAAGGUGGUGACUCUGCAAAUUAAUUGGCUGAUGGAGGACCGCUCUGCUCGAUAUAAUUGGAUAAUUUCGACAGGGGUUUGGGUGACCUCGCAGUAUUAACCUUAGAAGUCUGCCUCUUGUGAGCGCACUUUUAGUGUUGAAGUCUUUCUUAAUGUUAACUUUCUUGUUUUUUUGAUACCUGUAGCACCGGUGUGUUCGUAGAUGCAGUCAGAUAAAUGCACCAGCGUAACUGCGCGAAUGUGCAUCGCUUAUGUAUUGACGUGAGUCAAGGUCAGCACCCACAAGUAGCGGGAUCGUCUGCAGGUCACUGUCCUCUUUCCAAAGUGAUAAUGCAAUCAUGGACAACAGAUCUUAAUACUGAGGUGGUAACAAGGAAUUGGAGGCACAUCUCUAAGAUGCCCCCCUUAAAAGAGCCUAAUGUCUUAAAAACGUCAGAAGAAGCAUGACAAAGCCAGCCAUGUUUAAUGACUCACCUUCA